AUGAAAGCUAAGCUGUGUCUCGGGCGGCAGGCCGUGCUCCACACCACCCUAUGUGUCUGUCGGGGUCCUGCCUGCGAAGAUGUUGGAAACACCAUCCUGGACAAAAAAAAAAAAAAUCGAUUUUUUUUCUUCUUUUUUUAAUCUUCGAGGAACACCUUGUUACAGAUUACAGAAUCGCGAGAGCUGAUGGGGAAGGAAUCCCUCUCUAAAUUCAAUCAGUUCCCACCUCUCCUGAACGAUAACUUCUUAGCAGACAGUACUCAGUAAGCUCAAGUACAGCCUGUGGGCCCGCCACUAGUCGCUCGGCGGUGGACGCUCCCGUUGGCCUCUUCCUACUGAAGCCAGGUCUUUUACUAUUGUGGCUGACCACCUCCAGGCUGCUCCUCUGACUGACCUCGGCUACACCCCUGCACUCCGGCGCGUUUUUUCAAAAUGCCACGCCCCAAACAUCUCCGCGGCCCCGUCUCUCUGUCUCGUCUUCGUUUCCCCUCCGCCAGAGCCCCGUCUUUUAGGCGAGCGGCUUCAGUCUGUCCCGAAGAUAGUUUACACGCCUCGGCUCGCCACGUCUCCUGGUCCUGGCCACGCCCUGAACCCGGUUCUGCCGGAGCCACGCCUUCUUGGUUGCCCCUUCCCCUUUCGAUUGGCUGCAGCACUUAGCUCCGCCUCCUGGCCACGCCUCCGGGACCCCCCCCCCGAGCCACACCUUCUGGGCUGGCUGUUCGCCUCCCACCCUGGCCCCGGCCGCGCCCUGGGCCCCCUCCUCACUCAAGCCACACCUUCGGGGCUCGCCUACUCUGUUCUACCCGCCGGCCUCGUCAGGCAGGCAGGCAGGCCUAGUGGACUCCAGUCCCGGCCUCCCACCGGCGGAGAAGCCGAGCCGCCGCAGCCCGGGAAAGGAGAGCAGCGCUGCCAGGCAGGCCUCUGAAAGUCGCGCCGGCUUGGCCAGUCCAGCCACCUAAGCGCCCUCGGGAGCGCGGGCCUCGCCGCCACCGGAAACGGAAGCGUGGGACAGCAGGACCAUGGCGACGCUGUUUGACCUCCCGGACUUGGUGCUCUUGGAGAUCUUCUCAUACCUCCCGGUCCGGGACCGGAUCCGCAUCUCCAGGGUCUGUCACCGCUGGAAGAGGCUAGUGGACGACCGGUGGUUGUGGCGACAUGUUGACCUGACGCUCUACACGAUGCGUCCAAAAGUCAUGUGGCACCUUCUGCGCCGGUACAUGGCAUCCCGGCUCCACUCACUGCGCAUGGGUGGCUACCUGUUCUCUGGCUCUCAGGCCCCACAGCUGUCCCCUGCCUUGAUGCGAGCCCUGGGCCAGAAGUGCCCCAACCUGAAGCGCCUGUGCCUGCAUGUGGCUGACCUGAGCAUGGUGCCCAUCACCAGCCUGCCCAGCACACUGAGGACCCUGGAGCUGCACAGCUGCGAGAUCUCAAUGAUCUGGCUGCAGAAGGAGCAGGACCCUACAGUGCUGCCGCUGCUGGAAUGCAUCGUGCUGGACCGAGUGCCUGCCUUCCGUGACGAGCACCUGCAGGGCCUUACCCGAUUCCGAGCCCUGCGCUCACUGGUGCUGGGUGGUACCUACCGAGUCACCGAGACCGGGCUGGAUGCCAGCCUGCAGGAGCUCAGCUACCUGCAGAGGCUAGAGGUGCUGGGCUGUACCCUGUCAGCCGACAGCACCCUGCUAGCCAUCAGCCGCCACCUCCGAGAUGUGCGGAAGAUUCGGCUGACCGUUGGGGGCCUCUCAGCCCAAGGCCUGGUCUUCCUGGAGGGAAUGCCUGCCCUGGAGAGUUUGUGCUUACAGGGUCCCCUCAUCACCCCAGAAAUGCCCACACCCGCUCAGAUUGUGACCUCCUGCCUUACCAUGCCUAAGCUCAGAGUGCUUGAGGUGCAAGGGCUGGGCUGGGAGGGCCAGGAGGCAGAGAAGGUCCUAUGCAAGGGCCUGCCCCACUGCAUGGUGAUUGUCAGGGCCUGUCCCAAAGAAUCCAUGGAUUGGUGGAUGUGAAGGUACCACCCAUCCAUCCCUGGGACCUAUCCUAGCUUUUAAAGUUGACCUUGUAAGCAGCAAACUGAAGCAUGUAAAUUAACCAGGCUUGAGGAAACUGGAGGUCACAAGAAAAAGAAGACAGGACCUUGGGGCCUGAAGAGCUGGGGUUGUCUGCCAUUUGGAUGACCUCAGCCUUGUCACCCAGCCUCUGGGAGGCCCAGUUCACACAUUUAGAAAUAGGCAUCAUAGCUACCUCAUGAUUCAUUUGCAAAUCUCCCCCACAACCCCACACCCCCACACCCCCUCUCCCCUCCAGUACCUGGGCAUCAAAAUCACAGCCUUAGGUAUGUUAGGCCAGCACUGCUGUGCCCCUGAGCUAUAUACUGGAGCCCUGGAAAGUCUUAAUCUCUAAUAGACCCCAGAAGAGCUCUAUAGAGGGGUCAUUUACAGGGUUCAGGGCUCUGUGAUUGUCUGCCUGGUUCUCUGCCUAUAUGCUUGGGAGACAAAGUCAGGGGCAAGGGAGACAAGCUGUUGAAUUAUCCUAGUGUUCUAAAAGGUUCUCAAUUGUAUUUUCUGUAUUUUGUAUCCUGCCUUUUUCAAGUUUUCUACAGCAUAUAGUAUUUUACUAUUAAAGAAGAUUAAUGGUUUU